AAAGGCCGGCGGCGAGGGAUGCUGAGGCUACAGAGAGAGCUGAAGCGGCACCGUGUGUGGCUCGGUCAGACAGUGUGGCAGAUGGCGAGGAGACCCGAGUAUGUGUGCGGGGCCAUAGCUGUCAUCUGUACCCUGUUCACCCUCAGGCUGGCACUCAGUUAAUAUGAUAAAUCAAACACUCAAAGAGAAUUCCAUCACACUCCAGAAUUGUGCCUUGUAGAUGAUGGAUAGGCUUUGGGGAGUCAGGAGUCGGGCAAAAGAUGUAGUCAAAAUGGCCCCGCCUCCUGUUCGGUUCUUCUCCCCCAACUCUCCUGUUAUUGACCUGUACAUGGGACAACUGGACCAAGUGGAAAGAUAUUGCCACAUAUCUGAAGUCUACGUUAUUCUGUUUUAUGCUCCUUGGUGUGGAGAGUCAAUUUCAGUCAAGGGUGAAAUUGAUCAGGUAGCAAUGAAGCUUCGGGAUCAGGUGCUGUUCAUUGCUGUAAACUGCUGGUGGCACCAGGGGAAGUGCAGGAAGCAAAUGAAUCUCUUCUAUUAUCCUGUGAUCCAUUUAUAUCAGAGGAGGUUCGGCCCUAUUGAAUACAAAGGCCCUCUUACAGCUGCUUAUAUUCAUAAUUUCAUUCGACGAGUAAUGAGUCCACUUCAGUACAUCGCAACUCAUUCUGUCUUGCUGGACUUUCUAUCACAUUAUGAGCCGGGUGUUCUUGGAUAUUUCGAGUUCAAUGCAUCACCACAGCCUCCAGGUUACCUGACACUUUACGUCUCUGCGUUGCAUGCACUAAAAGAAGACUAUCAAGGAACAAUUCGUUUUGGUGUGAUAACCAGCAAGCAGGUGGCCGAAAAGAUAUCGGUAACCAAUCCUGGAACAAUUUAUAUGCAUAGGCAUUUCAACUCUUCCAUAGUCUUUCCUCACGAGGUCUUAAACUUUACCGCAGUGAAUGUCUACAGCUGGGCUUUUGAGAACCGGGAGACCUUUAUACACUGGUUGCGACCACAUGGAAGCAAGAGCCUUCUGCUAAACAACGAACUGAAGAAGGGCCCAGCACUAUUCCUGUUUUUCCCCUUUAGCCCAUUGGCUGCUAAGCAACCACUGAUGGAGGAGAUAACUGAAGUUGCUCUUAAAUAUCACAACUGUAACAAUAGCAAGGCCGUCCGACGCGUGCUACAGUACAUGGAAGAGACUGAGCAAGCUGACCAAGAAGAUCAAUCCACAGAUUCCUAUUCGCAUGUAGUGGAACCUUUCUUCCAGACUAGGAAAUCUUGUUGUAACACACUAAUGCUUCCCCAGUGUAAUCCUGUAUCCCAAACUCGCAACAUCUGUGAGUUGUGCAUUAAUCAAACAGCUGGAAUUCGACUGAGUGUGGUCCACAUUCCACAGUGCAACUUCGUGGAGCUGGAGGCAGCGCUGGAUUCAUUCUACCUCAGAGAAGAAACACUUUUUCACCUGCAAUCAAGCACUGUAGAAUGCAACAAUUUUUUGAGCUAUUACAGCCCUUUUAACUACUACACUGUUUGCUGCAGGACAUUCAGUUCAUUUAAGUCUGAACAAAUUAAUGCCCUUACACUUGCAGAACUGUUUUCCAAAGCAGAGCACAGGAGUGGGGUGGUUUCCCCCAGUUUUCCUCACAUUGAGGACAGAGUACCUGUUCUUCUAGACCUGCACCAUAGUCAAAGCCACAUUACAGGACUGAACUGUAAUACUAACAAAACUCUAAACUUUUACUUGUUGGAUUCAAAUUUGCACUGGAGGUUUGCCACUAGAUUAGGAGCCAAUGAAUCUGCACAAGUGCAAGAAUUUGCUACAAUUAUUGAUCUAAGGGAUGAAGUUCAUUAUGUCCUUGACCAAAAGCAGAUCCUUGAUAAAUCUUCUAUUGAAAGCAUUAUAAAAAAUUACAGUAGGACAUACAGUCCAUUAAAUCGGCAUCUUAUUGCUGGAACCAAGUCUCAAGCUCAGGAAAAAUAUUUAAUUGCUGAAGUAACGACCCAGAUGUUUGACAGCAUAGUACUGGAUGUUGAAAAGAAUGUCUUGCUACUCUACUACACUCAAUGGUGUGGAUUUUGCACUGUCCUCAAUCAUGUGUUUAUUCAGGUUGCCCGUCUCUUCCAUGCCAAUGAUGGAAUCGUAAUAGCCAGAAUCAAUGUUGCCAAAAAUGACCUUCCAUGGGAGUAUAUGGUUGAUCGAUUUCCAACUGUUCUCUUUUUCCCCAGUAAAAGGAAAGACUUGAGUGUGAAGUACCCUGAGGAUCUGCCAUUUACUGUUCCUAACCUAGUGAGGUUCAUCCUACUGCAUUGUCCCCAGUUAGUUCAUCAAGACCCAUUCCGGUCUUGUAAUCCAGGCUGCAUCCAAAAAGCAGCAGAAUUACAGAAAGGCCGAAUUAGCCAGCUGGAGAAUGAGCUAAAGAGACUCCGUGCAGAGAUGCAGGCAUUGCAUCAGGCUGAAAAGCAACUGGCUUUGCAGCUCUCUGCAACCAGGCAGGAGGAACGCCAACUGAAGCUCCAUAACCAAGCUCUGGAGGAGAAAAAUGAAAAGCUCAAACAUCAUAAUGAGAAACUGCAAGACCUAUACAACCAGAGAAAUGCAGAGCUGGCUGAAACAGCAGAGAAACUGGGUGAAAUUACAGCAGUGUCUGAGAAACUCCUCAAAGAAAACAUUUUGAUUAAAACUUAUAUGGCCUCAAUUGAAGAAGAGCUAGAGGAAAAAACCUAUCCCUCCUCAACUGCAGUUACCGUCGAAGAAGAAUCUAGAUUAACUUCCCAUUCAGAAAAUAAUGCAGAAGCAGAAUCUUUCUCAAAUCACGAGACUCGUAUAUUGUGAACAGGGUUAAUCAUGAAACUGCAGAGACAUGAGCCGUUUUGCUACCUAAUAUUUUUUUAAAUUGCACCUGGAACAUUAACUAUUCUAUAUCAGGGUGGGGGAAAUCUCAUGUGAAGUUUAUAUAAAAUUUCAGUAAA